GGCGCCGCCCGCCCGAUCCCCGGCCAUGGCGGGCGCCGACGGUUCGCUCCUCGACGUGCCCGAGACCCGGGCCGCCGGCAGCAGCACGUUCUCCAGGCGCCCCCAGGCCCAGGCGAGGCGGCAAGCAAAGGCUACCAAAAGAAAAUACCAGACGUCCAGUGAGGCUCCCCCAGCAAAACGGAGGAACGAGGCAUCAUUUCUCCCAACCAAGAAAACUUGUGUUAAAGAAACUCAAAUGAAUUUUAAAGGAAAGGCACAAAAAACAUUUUCUCCAAAGAAAUACUCGGCUAGCACAAGUGACAGAAACCAAGAGGAGAAACCAUGCAUUAAGACUUCAUCAUUGUUUAAAAAUAACCCUGAAAUUCCGGAACUCCACAGACCUGUAGUAAAGCAGGUGCAAGAAAAAGUGUUUACUUCAGAUGCCUUUCAUGAACUGGGCCUCCACCCACAUUUAAUUUCCACAAUAAAUAUGGUAUUAAAAAUGUCUAGUAUGACCAGUGUUCAGAAGCAAAGUAUUCCUACAUUGCUGGAAGGCAGAGAUGCUCUUGUGCGAUCCCAGACGGGUUCAGGUAAAACUCUUGCCUAUUGCAUCCCUAUGGUCCAGUCCCUUCAAGCAAUGAAGUCAAAAAUACAACGCAGUGAUGGCCCCUAUGCUCUGGUACUAGUGCCAACGAGAGAGCUGGCUCUACAAAGCUUUGACAUUGUCCAGAAACUGCUUAAGCCAUUUACCUGGAUUGUGCCUGGAGUAUUAAUGGGAGGAGAGAAGAGAAAAUCAGAAAAAGCCAGACUGCGCAAAGGAAUAAAUAUCCUUAUCUCAACUCCUGGACGUCUGGUGGAUCACAUAAAAUCCACAAAGAACAUUCAUUUUAGUCGGAUACAGUGGCUGGUUUUGGACGAAGCAGACAGAAUCUUGGAUUUGGGUUUUGAAAAGGAUCUCACAGUCAUACUCAAUGCUGUAAACGCCGAAUGCCAGAAACGACAGAAUGUCUUGCUGUCAGCGACACUCACAGAAGGCGUAGCAUGGCUAGCCGAUAUCAGUUUACACAAUCCAGUCAGUAUUUCUGUCCUGGACGAAAGCCAUGACCAGUUUAACCCAAAGGGCACAGUGAUCCAAGAAGCCUCUCCUCCGCAAACUAGCAACAAGCUGGACAGCUUCGCAAUACCAGAGAGUCUCACUCAGCAUGUGGCAUUGGUUCCUAGCAAACUGAGGCUUGUCACUCUAGCGGCCUUCAUCCUUCAGAAAUGCAAGUUUGAGAAAGACCAGAAGAUGAUUGUCUUUUUCUCAAGUUGCGAGCUGGUGGAGUUCCACUACAAUCUCUUCCUUGAGACCUUGCUGAGCAGCACAGGGGCCCCGGCAUCAGGGUCCUCACCAUCUGCCUCCUCGCGAUUAAAAUUCCUGCGGCUGCAUGGCAACAUGGAGCAGGAGGAAAGAACAGCAGUAUUUCAGGAAUUCUCGCAUUCCAAAAGAGGUGUCCUUCUUUGUACGGACGUUGCAGCUCGGGGCUUAGAUCUCCCUCACGUCACCUGGAUUGUUCAGUACAACGCUCCGUCUUCACCUGCAGAAUACAUCCACCGGAUUGGAAGAACCGCCCGGAUUGGCUGCCGUGGGAGCAGCCUGCUCAUUUUGGCUCCUUCAGAGGCAGAAUAUGUCAACUCGUUGGCUUCUCACAAAAUCAACAUUUCUGAGAUUAAGAUGGAAGAUAUUUUGUCUGUUCUGACAAAGGAUGAUUGUUUUAAACGAAGACAGUGGAAAAACCAGAAAUCCCACGCUGUUGGUCCCCAGGAAAUCCGAGAGCGAGCCACAGUCUUGCAGUCAGUAUUUGAAGAUUAUGUGCACUCCAGUGAGAGGAGGGUCUCCUGGGCAAAGAAAGCUCUGCAGUCCUUCAUCCGAGCCUAUGCCACCUACCCCAGGGAGUUGAAGCCCAUCUUCCAUGUCCGAUCCCUCCACCUUGGUCAUGUGGCUAAGAGCUUUGGGCUAAGGGAUGCCCCCCAAAAUCUUAGUGUCUCAGCUGUAAAGAAGAGGAAAGCAAAACUGAAAAGGCCUGACCUUCAUAAGAAGACCAAGAGUAAACACCGCCUUGCUGAAAUUUUGCGUUCAGAAUACUCAAGUGGGAUGGAGGCGGGCGUCGCCAAGGUCAAAAGCAGAGCCGGCGUGGGAAGACCAGCAGCCCGCCGCCACAGCGCACUACCGAGCCUUGGCUGGAGGAAAAAGUGAAAACGUGCUCCAUGAAACAGACAGAUCGCAAGGUGCUGACCUACGGGAGACCAGAUCGUGCUCAGCCCGGGAGGGGUCUGAUUCCUGCCCCAGAACAACGUUCUGAAGAAGUUUGACAGCUUGACUUCAACCUUAUUGAUGCAUAUAUUGGCAUGAAUUUUGUAAAGUGGGAUGUUAAAAACUGGAAUUGAACUUAUACAAGAGAAAAAAAUAUUUAUCAAGUAAUCAUUUUUUUAUGUCGCAAUGCUGUUAAAAAGGAGCAAAGGAGUUUUGAGCCUGGGUGGCACGAACCCUGUCGUUUCCUCCUGUGAACACCCUGCUGUGAACACAGUGCUGUGUUUCCCUGCCUGCUCCCCUCUCGUGUCCAUGGAAGACUCUCUCAAGCUCAUUGAUUGACUGUUGCCUUUCUGUUUGCCUUUGAAGUCAGAAGCCACCAGCAUCUCCAGCUUUUUUCCCCACUGAAUCCCAUCUUAUCUUCAAGGCCUAGAGGUCUUUGUAUUGUGACCCAGGCCACAGCUCCUCAACCCCCCAUUGUGUUUCCUGGGAGGUUUGAAAGAGGACCCCUGGAGUGUAUUGAUUUCCCAAUAAAUGUAAGAUUUGCACACUUACAGAGAGGCCCCAAAGAGAAAGGGUUAAAGGCUUUAGCACCUCUUUCUGGGCUUUGCUCCUGUCCCCUUUUUCUCUCUUUCUCUGUUUUCCUUCCUCCUCCUCUGCAGUUACUGUGCAACCAUCCCUGGUUUUCCCAGGACAGGUGUUGAGGCACCACUUCCAUAGACCCCCCAGAGCCACAUGAACUAAAUGUCCAGGAGGGGGUGGUGAGAAUCGGCAAGGUAGGCCUUUCUGCGGGGGCCACGGAGGGGGCCAGUGUUCUUGCCUCCAUCCUGGCCUGGAAGCAGCUGUCAUGUAGACGAAUGUCAGCCGACCCCCACCAGAAAAGACUCCAGUGUGAGGACGAGUGUGAACCUAGAAAGAAUUGAUCUUCUGCAGGAAGAAAAAUGGGACCUUCUCAGAGUUGGCUGUCACAUAUGAAUUAAUAAAGACCGUGGGUGAAAUUUGUAACAAUAAUAAUAAAAAAAAAAACCUGCAGCACAUGUCAGACUGACUUUGGGCAAAUAUGCCACUGCUCUUUUAUUUCGAUGUGUAAUGGUUCACAUGAUUUGGAUGAGAAAAGGAGG